CCGAGAAUACGAGGUCACUAUUUAUGGAUCUGAUAAUUCCACUUUAGUGACAAACUUCAAGCUGGCUUUUUUGUGGUCGUAAGAUGGCAGGCGACAGCCGAAAGGAGCGUCAUCUUGAGGAUAGGAAGAGUGCGUCCUUAUCCUGCGCUGCAGCGAAGUGCUGGCUGCGUCGAUCUUCCCAAACCGAAUGCCUGGCAGGCUACGCCUUCAGCUUUCUCGUCGUCGCCACUUUCUCUUCGCGUGAAAUAUUUGAGCCACAGAUUCGUCUGCGCCUAAAUAAGAAUUUUUCAGGCGCGAUUUUUUUUGCGUGUAUCUUUUUACGUUUACGGGCACCUCCUGGUCGAUGGCAUGGAGACCCUGACUCAUUCCCUGCUAUCGCAAAGCCUGCAUGACGAUCUCGAUAAGAAGGGAGAGCAUGAGCGAAAUGCUGGAAAGGAAGUGAGCUGGGCAGCCAGUGUGAGUCAGGGGCCCAGGCGGUGGCCAUGACCCAGCAGCUGGGCUGUGCGCCUCCGGCGUUUACGGGCAGCACGUACGGAGCAUGUGGAAGAGCGAUGCAAUGACGGUCCCUGGAAUACUUGCUCCGUAUCGCCGCCAAAGAUGUGUCCACGGACAUCUGGCCUUGGUGAGUCACUUGACCUUGACGAAAUGACCCCCUUCCCUCCUAAACGAGUCCCUCGUUGUGCUCCGUCGGACAACGAUUGCUUGUCUGCACGAAAGAGGAAUGAAAAUGCGCGGUAUUUACAGUGUCUUGGCGGGUGUAUUUACAUGAGGGAAGCCCUCCUUAUAACUAACGAAACUAAAGCUAUCGAUCUGGUUUA